AUGGACGCGCUGCUGUGCGGCGGAGUGGUGUGCAACAACCUGCCGUCCCUGUGCUGCGGCGACAAGGAGCCCCUGCUGGAGCCCCUCGAGGUCGACGGCAGCCGGUUCAGCCAUGCCUCUGUCCUUUGGCAGCGCACCACCUCGAGGCUCUCCACCAAGGCGGAAGAGGGAGCAAAGGGGAACCAAAUCGUGCUCCUCCUGGAGUCCUUAAGAAAAGGAGAGAUCACGGUGCUGGUCACCACCCUGCUGCUCCAGGCCUACAUCAUCGCCCUGCUGGUGCUCAAAUUCACCAGGCACCAGACCCUUGCCGUGCUGCAGCAGCAGCAUCGCUGGUUCAAGGCACAGCUGAUCCUGUAUGCAGUCACGAUGCUGGCGACCUUGUACGUCGGCAUCCGGCUGGCUGCUCGCUUGAGGCUCAUCAGGAAGCAGCCCCAAAAAGUCUGGUCGCGGCGCCAGAAGAUCCUGGUCAUUGACGCUGUGGUCCUCCUGUGCACCCAGUUCAUGCAGCAAGUCUGGGCGAUGGUGCCCCUCGUCAUAGGCCUCGUGCGAAAGUGCUCCUGGUUCUCAAAAGACGUCAGCGCCUUUGCAUUCCUGCGGGAGAUAGCCCUGAUCACGGUGCUCGCGUGGAUGUGCAGCAUGGUGCAUGGCAUGACACGGUGGAAGGGAAAGGGCGCCUUUGACAUUGGUGCAAAGCCCAAGCUCGUGGUGGACUUGCCCAUACGUGCCCAGCUGCGGCUGCACAUGCCCCUCAUUGCCUACACCGCUGUCGUCAUGGCCAUGACCCUCGUCCGGCUGAUCUACAGGGAAACCUCUGUGCUGGCCGAUAUUCCAGCUGGGCAGUGUCCAACGGGGAAGUUUUCAUGCAACGUUUCGAAAACUGAGAAGGCCGCCAUCAUCCUUGCGACCAUUGGCCUGCUGGGUUACAGCGGGAUAUACCUCUAUUACCUCUGGCGAGCCACACGAGACCACAGGCGGCUGCCCUACGCCCAGUUCAGGCUGACGUUCCUUUACCUCCGCAUGCAUUUGAUAGAGAUCGAUUCGUGCUGGACGUACAUUGCACUGCAGUUUGGCAGCGUGCCCACCCAAGUUGCUUUCACCAUGCUGGUGGUAAUUUUUGCCAUCCUGCUCAAGCCCCGGAAGCGGGACCUGGGGCACACUCUGGAGGACUGGUCUCACGAGGUGGCCUGGACCGAAGAGGAACGCGACGAGGUCCUGGCCGACCGUGCGCGGCAGCUGGCCUCCAGCACCGAGUUUGAGGAGUCUGAGUUCCUGCCCCUGCCCGGCCUGCCGACGCUGCACAUGCCGGAGGUCACGGGGCAGCUGCUCUCCCUGGUGGCUGUGGACGAGGCAGAGCAGCACGUGCCGAGGGUGGCCAUGCUCUGCUUCGAGACCAUGAUCAAGCUCUUCUAUUUCUGCCGCCUGGCUUACCGCGUCGGGACGGACGUGCCCAUCAGUGUGGAGCACGGGCUGAGCCUGUUCCCCGGCAUGGUCGGCCAGGAGGUGGUGGAGGAGGUGCUCACCGACACGCGCGCUUUCCUCGCCUGGGGUCCCGGCACGCUGGUGGUGUCCUUCCGCGGCACUGCCACGCGCAAGAACAUCAUCACCGACAUAAAGGCGAGCCGGAUCUGGAAGGUGGCGCACCAGCCGCGGCGGCGCAACAAGCUGGGGCGCACGCUGCUGGUGCACCUGGGCUUCUACCGCGCCUGGCGGCACAACGGCUUCUCUGAGCGCCUGCUGGCCCGCGAGUUCCUGACCCUGGUGCCGGACUGCUGGGCGAUGGUGAACGACCAAGACCCGGUUCCCCGCAUCCCCAAGGGCUGGUUCCACAACGCGGGCAACCCAGUGCUGCUCAACCCGCGCGGCGACCUCAUCAUCCGCCCCUCCGAGUUCGACGUCAUCUCUAUCAACACCUCGGGCGGCGUGGCCGCGCACCACAUGCUCGGCGCCUAUGCCCUUUCCACCUACGCCGUCAUGAAGGAGCAGUUUGGCGAGGACAAGGGGCUGCCCGGUGGGGACGCGGGGGUGGUGACCCUCGCCAGCCACUUUGACGUCAUGGAGACCCUGACGCUGAGCGUGGUGGAGAACAAGGUCCAGGACUCGAGCGCCUCUGCAGCGGUACUGACCACGCCCCCGUCCCAGGCCGAGGUCCAGCGGGGCGGGAAGAAAGGGGUGGCGGUGGCGACCAGGGAGGUGCCCAAGGUGGAGGCGGACGCCCUGGAGAGGCAGGUUGGCGUCGCCCUCUCCUUUGCCCUUGUGAACGCUUUCACCAUCACAAUCUUCCUGCAGAAAUUCCAGUACAGCAACGACCUGCAGAUCCUGUCGCAGCUGACCAGCUGGACCCAGCGCCAGCGGCUCUAUGUCUUGGAUGCUGCAGUUUUGAUCUCACUUCAGAGCCUCGUGAUGACGCUGCUCAUCGUCUCUCAGUCGAUAGCAAUUGCCGUCCCAUGCCCCUGGUUCAAGCAAAGCGUCUCCCUGCUGUCCUUCAUCCGAUGGACGCUCACGAACUCUAUCCUGGCGUGGAUGUGCGUGAUGAUGCGCGGCAUGUGCUGGUACUGCGGCAGUGUGCAGCUCCCGGACCCCGACCGCCAGCUCACCAUCGAUGCGCCGUGGCGGAGGCAGGCCUGGGCCAAUCUGCCCACCCUCCUGAUCUUCCUCAGCACGGAGGCGGUGGUGGUCGCCAAGCUGGCGUACCGCUGGAUCGACGUGCAGGAGGCAGUGGGCGUGCCGGCCUGCCGCACCUACCCCUAUGACUGCACCCCCUCCACGGGCGAGUUUGUGAUCAACAUUGUCACCACCGUCUGCCUCCUCGUGUACGCGGUGUACUACAUCUACCUGGUGGUCCAGGCGCGGGCCGACCACGCCAAGGUGCCCUUCACACGCUACCGCGUCACCUACCUCUACGUCCAGAUGCACGCGCGGCAUGGAAUAUUCAUCGUCGUGCUGCUCCUGGUCGUCAGCACCGUGCUGAGGUUUGUGGAGUCCAAGUCGUGCUGGUCCUUUGUCGACAUCCAGUUUGGGCUCAUCCCCACCCAGCUGGCCAUCACCCGAUGGCUGAUGGAGGUGGCCUGGAGCGAGCCGCAGCGCGAGGAGGCGCUGGCGGAUCGACACAUCGAGUUCCUGUCCCGACAGGGCGAGGAGGCCGCCGCCGCGGCCGAGGGCGGCAUGCUGGGCACGCUGCGCCGCAUGAGCAUCGGCCUGGUCCGGCCCUCCAUGAGCCACAUGGCGGAGCAGGCGCAGGGGGCGUUGCGCCAGGCGAUGGGGGGCACGGCGGGCAAUGCCCCCGGCGCCACGCCCAUCUCCGAGCCACGGCUGGCCAUGCUCUGCAUGGAGACGCUGCUGAAGAGCUUAUAUUUCUGCAAGCUAGCCUACCGACUAGAGGUGGGUGGGUGGGUGGGUGGGUUGGAGACGCCCGUGACCCCCGACUCGCCGGUGUCGAUAGAGCAUGGCCUGAGCCUGUACCCUGACCUGCAACAUCACGAGCUCCUGCUGGAGCCCGCCACCGACACACGUGUGCUGCUGGUCUGGGGCCGCUCCACCCUGGUCGUCGCCUUCCGGGGGACCGUCACCAGGAAGAACGUCCUGACCGACCUGGAGGCUUGGUCGACGCCGCACCUCCCGAGCAGGAAGAAUGCCUACGGCCGCACGCUACGCGUGCACGCCGGUUUCUACCGGGCAUGGCGCACCGCCGACCUCGGCGACCGCCUCGUCUCUCGCCUGGCACAGCUGCUGGAGGGCUGCCCCCACGGCGCCAGGCCGCGAGCGCUAUUCACAGGCCACAGCCUGGGCGGCGCCCUGGCGGUGCUGGCCUCCAUCGAAUUCGUGCGACGUGCGCCGCAGUACGCGGCGGGGGUGUCGGUGUACACCUUUGGCUCCCCACGCGUCGGCAACGGCCCCUUUGCCACGGAGCACCGGGCAGCCGUGCCCGACUGCUGGAGCGUGAUCAACAACCAGGACCCCAUCCCGCGCAUCCCCAAGGGCUGGUUCCAUGGCGCGGGGCACCGCGUGGUGGUCACGCCGCGUGGCGACCUCAUCAUCAAGCCCAGCACGCUGGAGCUGUCGGUCAUCUUCAAGUCUGGCGGCGUAGCGGCGCACCACCGCCUCCCCAACUACUCCCUGUCCCUCUUCAGCCUCUUUCGCGCCCAGUUUGACGCCGCCAAGAAGAUGGAGGGCGGCGCGCUGGGAGUCACCAUCCUGGCGGGCCGGCUGGACGUGGGGCAGACCCUGGUGCUGCGCUACGCGGGGCUGAGGGAGAUCAUGGACGCCAGAGAACGGCGCAUGCCCAUGCCCGUGGAGGUCUACCAGCUGCGCAAGGCCAGGAAACGGGCGAUCGCGUGCGUGGAGGAGCGGGCAAUCAGCGGCACCUCCACGACUUUCUCACAAGAUGACUCCAUCAUCAGCGAGCAGACCGCCCUCGAGCUGGCCAAGCAGGCGGGGGCCGUGGGGGAGGAGGAUGUGCUGGGUGACACCUCGGUGGUCCGGGACCUGGGCGGCAAGCGGGUGCUGGGCACCCAGGAGUAG